AUGGAGUCGACUGCAUUGAAUGGAAGAAUGGCCCGAUGGCAAAUUUUAUUGUCUGAAUUUGAUAUAGUCUAUGUGAAUCAGAAAGCAGUGAAAGGGACUGCUAUAGCGGACUUUCUAGUCAGUAAAACACUGGAAGAUUAUGAACCAUUAAACUUUGAUUUCCCAAAUGAGGACUUGAUGUAUAUUGCAACCACAAAAAAAGACUUUCUAAAAUACGGUCAUUGGAAGCUGAACUUUGACGGAGCUUCGAAUGUUGUGGCCAAUGGGAUUGGGGCAAUCUUGGUACCUCCUGAUGGUGAUCAUUACCCAUUCACGAGCAAAUUAGAUUUUGACUGCAGAAAUAACAUGGCGGAGUAUGAAGCAUGCAUCAUGGGAAUUCAUGCAACUAUUGAACGCAAAAUCAAAGUGUUGGAAGUGUAUGGGGAUUCUGCGUUGGUAAUUUAUCAGCUCAAAGGCGAAUGGGAGACAAGAGACUCCAAAUUUAUUAAUUAUCAAAAGUUGGUCCUGGAAUUAAUCGAAGAGUUUGAUGACAUUACCUUCUGUUAUCUCCCUCAGGAGGAGAAUCAAAUGGCCGAUGCAUUGGCUAUGUUAGCCUCUAUGAUCAAGGUAAAUAAACUAGACGAUGUGAAGCCUAUUCAAAUGAGUAUUUAUGGGGCUCCAGCCCAUUGUUACAACAUUGACGAUGAAGAAGAAAAGGAUGAUCACCCCUGGUAUCAUGACAUAUUGAGAUACGUAAAGAAUUGUGAGUAUCCCGACCAAGCAACUGAGAAUGAAAAGAAGACAUUGAGAAGGCUGGCCAAUGACUAUGUCUUAGAUGGAGAGAUCUUAUAUAGAAGAGGAAAAGAUCAGGUGUUGUUAAGAUGUGUGGAUGCUGUAGAGGCCAAACAGAUCUUGAAGGAGGUGCAUGAAGGAGUUUGUGGAACACAUGCUAAUGGCUUUACAAUGGCCAGGCAAAUCAUGAGAUUUGGAUAUUAUUGGUCCGCCAUGGAAGGAGAUUUCAUCAAAUAUGCCAAGAAAUGCCAUAAGUGCCAAAUUUAUGGAGACAAGAUUCACGUGCCCCCUUCACCUCUCCAUGUCAUGACUUCUUCGUGGCCUUUCUCCAUAUGGGGCAUGGACGCCAUUGGGCCGAUCUCACCAAAACCUUUAAAUGGGCAUCUGUUCAUAGUCAUGGUUAUUGACUACUUUACCAAAUGGGUAGCGGCUACUUCUUACGCCAACGUGACAAAGUCAGCAUUACCAUUUGCCAUUUUCGCCUAUCGAACGUCUAUCAGAACCUCUAUCGGGGCAAUACAUUUCUCAUUGGUGUACGGAAUAGAGGCAGUUUUGCCCAUUGAAGUAGAGAUUCCUUCCCUCCGAGUUUUAUCAGAACUGAAACUAGAUGAAGCAGAAUGGAUUCAGUCCCGAUAUGAUCAACUGAAUUUGAUUGAGGAAAAGAGAUUACGAGCUAUACGUCAUGGUCAAAUGUACCAAAAAAGAAUGAUGCGAGUGUACAACAAAAAGGUUCGCCCUAGGGAAUUUCACGAACGAGACUUGGCCAUUGGAGGAUUCUCUUCCGUCGUUGGAACCGAAUCCAAGGAGCGCCGAAAGCCUCCUCUUUUUGUUUUUUUGAGGUUGAGAGGAUUUGACCUUCAAGGAUCCCGCGAAGCACGGGCUAAGAGAUCCCUUUUGCGCAUCGCCGAUCACCGCCCACGGUGGAGGCAAGGCGGUGCAAGGGCUGAGCCCUAG